UCCCUUCAAACCAUAUGUGCUCAUUUCUCAACUCUCACUUUGCAUUACACAGAUUAAGAAACUAAAAGAUGGGGUUGUGUAAGAUCUCAUCUUCACUAACUGUUGGUUUCAUGGGGUUAGCCCUUGCUCACAUCUCCUAUGCCCAAAACUCUCCACAAGACUUCCUCGAUGCUCACAAUGCGGCGCGUGCAGAAGUUGGUGUUGAAUCUAUGACAUGGAAUGACACUGUAGCUGCCUACGCCCAGAACUAUGCUAACCAGAGGAUUGGCGAUUGCGAUUUAGUGCAUUCAAGUGGGCCUUAUGGUGAGAACAUUGCCUGGGGCAGCCCUUCAUUGACAGGCACCGAUGCGGUGAACUUGUGGGUGGGGGAGAAGCCUAAUUAUGACUAUAACUCCAACUCAUGCGUUGCUGGGGAAUGCGGGCACUAUACUCAGGUUGUUUGGCGCAACUCAGUGCGUCUUGGGUGCGCUAGGGUUCAAUGCGACAAUGGAGGGUGGUUCGUCACAUGCAACUACGAUCCACCGGGCAACUAUAUCGGAGAGCGUCCUUUUCCGGAGAACUCUAACAGCAGUCAUAGUUGUAUAGUUGCUAUUUACUGAGGAGAUCGAGUUUUCUGCUAAAAUUUCUUUAGAAUAGUUUCUGAAAAUGCCAUAUGAGUAAUAUAUUUAUUUUGAUGCA